AUGUAUGUUAAAUUGGAUUUCCUGAAAAACUUUCCUCAGUUCAUCUAUCGCACACGCAGUACGUACAAGUAUACAAAAAAAAUGUCCUAUGAACCCCUGAUUCAUUCAGAUGAUCCUAAACACCCAGCAAAUGUGAUAUGUGCACUUUGCAAGCAGUUUUACGACAACAACUGGUGUACCGGAACAGGUGGUGGUAUAUCAAUUAAGCAUCAAACUACUGGAGCCUAUUAUAUUGCCCCCUCUGGUGUUCAAAAGGAGCAGAUGAAACCAGAGGACAUGUUCGUUAUGGAUGGUAAAAGCAAGGAAUACCUAAGGAUCCCAAAACAGUUUAAGCCAAGUGCUUGUACUCCAUUGUUUGUCGCAUGCUUUCAACACCGCAAUGCGGGUGCUAUAAUUCACACGCACUCUCAAAACGCAGUGCUUUCUUCCCUGCUAUUCGACAAAGUUUUCAAAAUUGCUAAUAUAGAGCAAAUUAAGGCAAUACCUAGCGGGAAGGUAGAUCCCGAAACUGGUAAACUAAUACCUUUAUCAUUUUUCGAUACCCUGAAUAUACCUAUAAUAGAGAAUAAGGCGCAUGAAGACCAAUUAAUAGAUUCAUUACUACAAACAUUUGAAGAUUAUCCACAUACGUGUGCAGUCAUAGUGAGAAGACACGGCAUUUUUGUUUGGGGUCCAACCAUUGAAAAGGCGAAAGUCUUCAACGAAGCGAUCGACUAUCUCAUGGAGCUUGCAGUCAAAAUGUGUCAAUUAGGGAUUCCGCCAGAUUGUGGAAUUGAUGAAGAGGCAAAAUUUAUUGCUAAGCGAUAA